AUGGAACUGAGAGACCAAGAUAAGGAAAUGGGGUUGCCAUUGCCAUUGUCAAGCUCACAAACCCCAAAUCCAAGGCCACCCCAAACCCUAAACCAUUACCCUAAUAUAGAUCCACUGCCACCUGGUUCAGUUGCUGGUGCUGAGCCUGAACCAGUAGGUUCAAGCCUCGUGGUUAGGUAUAGGGAGUGUUUAAAGAACCAUGCAGCCACCAUGGGAGGACACGUUGUGGAUGGUUGUGGUGAGUUCAUGCCAAGUGGAGAAGAAGGUACCAUGGCAGCCAUGAAAUGUGCAGCUUGUGAAUGCCAUAGGAAUUUUCAUAGGAAAGAAAUCAAUGGUGAAUCACAGUAUCUACCACCAUUACCAAGGAGGAACGGUGUUGUUCAUCUUCAACAACAACCAGUAAGGUUUCCGGCGCCGGUUAUGAUGAGCUUUGGCGGCGGCGGUGGUGGCACGGCGGAGGAGUCUUCGAGUGAAGAUCUGAGACAUGAUGAACUUAUUAAUGUUCCACAAUCAUCAAAGAAGAGAUUUAGAACAAAGUUCAGUCAAGAUCAAAAGGAAAAAAUGAUGGAAUUUGCUGAGACAUUGGGAUGGAGAAUCCAAAAACAAGAUGAACAUGAAUUGCAGAUGUUUUGUUCACAAGUGGGAGUUAAGCGACAAGUUUUCAAAGUAUGGAUGCACAACAAUAAACAAGCCAUGAAGAAGAAACAAAUGAAAAAAAAGGAAAGUAGUGCAGUAACCAAGACCAAGAACAAAAGCCAGAUAUAUUUGAAGAUGCUGUGUUGUUUUUGUUGGUUAUUUACUUAUUUUCCUCAAAAUUCUUUGGUGUUGAAACGUGGCAUUGCAAUGGGCAACGUGUGGCUGAGUAAGGAGGUCUAGCUGUUUAGGGAAACAACAGCCAUGAUGUAUAAUUGAAUCAGAAUACGAAGAAUAAUUUAUAUCACUUUUUAGGAAUCCGAACUACAAUUUUUACAAUCUUAAAGAUUGUAAUUGGUAAAAUGGAUAGAUUGUAAAUGUAUCAUAUCACUUCAUAGCUGGUAGUUGGUACACUUUAUUUCACCACUCGACUUGCUCCACGAUUAAUGUAUAAUCUUAAAAUUAUUGUCAUUUUUAUAGAUAUUGAAUGCAUCUAUCCUUAUCCGAUCCCA